AUGCUUACCGUGCCGCACCUCGAGAGGGGCAGGCGCCAGGCUAAUCGCAAGGCUUGGCUCGCGGCGGCCGCUCUCUUUUUUUUUGCAGCCGUCUGCGUCAUUGCGAGCGGCGCGGUGACACCGCCACGGCAGACGAAUGAUCACUCCGCUGCAGACGAGAACGCAGCUGCACAGCAAGCUGUCGCUACAGAUUUCGCUUCCGCGCUGGACACCCUUCAGAAGACGCAACAGGCGCAGGACGCGUACAUCUCGUCGAUGGACUCGCAGUACCAAGCACACGACACCGGCGGCGGCCCUGGCCUCAAGGGCGAUAUGAUGCCCGCCGGCUCGGGCCUCGACGACAAAGGGACCGAGGCUGCCACGGUUGAGUACAUGCGGCUGCAGGACGGGACGCAGCGCAACAUGAUCGACGCGACGCGCCGCUUCGCCACAGGCGCCCCACUCGCUUCUCCUCUAGAGCCACUAAGAAGGGAUCGGAGCCGGGAGGAGGUGGACGCGAUGAUGGAGGGCGAGGGCGUCGAGUCAAAGACGGGCUCCGCGAUGCACUCGAGCGAGCGCCCCUCUCCGUUGGCCGACGAGAGAGGCGCGGGCAAGGCCCUCGGCGCCGCGGCCUACGCCAACGUCGAGCAGGCGGAGCACUCCGUCGAGCAGAGCCUCGGCUUCGCGCCGCCGGACGAGAAGCGGCACCGAGCUCACCCGGCCGCCGCUUCUCCAGCCGGCGAGUCGCUCCAAGUGUCGCUCCACUCCCCGCCCGCCGCGCGAGCUGCGCCGGCCGAGAAGAAGAUGUACUCGCCGGCCGAGUGCUACGGCGACCAGGCGGGCUGCAGCCAGCGGCUGGAAGAGCACCCGGCCGACCUCGUGGGCGGCCACACCAACGCCGUCAUCCUCGCGUCGGUCGCCGGGUUCGCCGCCGGAGGAGGGCCGCUCUCCGGCGGGGCGGCGGGCCUCCUGGCCAACACCGUCCUGGCGGAGGACGAGGACCCGCCGCCCGCGCCGACACGGGGCGGGCUCACGUGCGGCGGCUCGUGCGAGUACGGCGGCGGCACCCCCGGCCGCUGCGCGCCAAAGGAAGACGCCGCGGCGGGAGCCGCCCGGUUUUGCUUCCAAGACCGGCGGUAGAGCGGUAGGAGCCGAAGGACGGCAGCCGAUCGAUGGCAUGCCCGGUCGCCGACGCACCGAGCAUCGGCAAGCAUCACAUCAAGCUCAAGCCGAGCUGGCAUCGAGAGGUGCAUUCCCUUCUCAGACACGCCCAUGACAUGACAUGCGAGCAUGUCUCUCCCACGGGGUGCACAUACAUGUCCACACAUGGUGCAUGCGCAUGGCACACAUCAAUCAUGAUGCCUCAUUUCAUUGAUUACGUGGGCCUGCGGGUGCACACUGAGCCGUGGGUGCCCAUGCACACCCCCCGACACAUGCACACCCGCUCGCUCGUUACACGUGUAGCUCUAUUGACUAUUCUUGUCAUCAAGACUGGAUGGAGUGGACGCAUAUAAAGUUUUCUCUGGAUAAGCU